AGAGGCAGCCCCCUUCUUCUUCAUCUUUUGCUGCUGCUGGUGGUGGUGUAUCACUUCUGGAGGCGAUGCGGUAAAACCUUGAAGGAGGAGAGAAGCAGAGAGACACCUCCUGAUGGGGAGCCGCUGAUUGACAGAGAGAAAAGCAGAAAGAGAGAGUGCGGAAACAGCCCAUGGUGAGGAAGCCAAAGAGGAGGAGGAGGAGGCGAGACGAGUGACUAGCAACGGAGAAGAAUAGGUGGUGGUACAGUCCGGCUAUAGACCCUCUGCCUCCAGGCGCUCGGUAGAGAUGGAUCCGCAUUCAGCUCUUAACAUGACUUGGCUUGUACUUUCCCUCCUGCUCCUGCUCGGAUGCCACAAAAGUUUUUGUCAGCAGUCGUCGGAAGCUCAAAAAGAGGAGGACGCCAACGAGGACAGCACGGUUUUCACCAGGAUCCUGGACAGCCUCCUGGACGGCUACGACAACAGGCUCCGCCCGGGACUCGGAGAGAAUGUGACGGAAAUCAAGACGAACAUCUUUGUCACCAGCUUCGGUCCUGUGUCUGACACAGAGAUGGAAUACACCAUAGACGUGUUCUUUCGUCAAAGCUGGAAGGAUGAGCGUCUCUGCUUCAAAGGCCCCAUGGAGAUGCUCCCUUUAAACAACCUGCUGGCUAGCAACAUCUGGACUCCUGAUACCUUCUUCCUCAACGGUAAGAAGUCCAUCGCUCACAACAUGACCACACCCAACAAGCUGCUGAGACUGAAGGACGAUGGAACCCUGCUCUACACAAUGAGGUUGACGAUCUCAGCAGAAUGCCCCAUGCAACUGGAGGACUUCCCCAUGGACGCCCACGCCUGCCCACUCAAGUUUGGCAGCUAUGCCUAUCCAGUAUCGGAGGUGGUCUACACAUGGACUCAAGGAGCUGCUAAGUCUGUUGUUGUGGCAGAAGAUGGUUCCAGACUCAACCAGUACCAUCUCAUUGGACAAACAGCUGACACAGAGGACAUACGCACCAGCAGAGGACAAUACACUGUGAUGAUGGCACACUUCUACCUGAAGAGGAAGAUCGGAUAUUUUGUCAUCCAGACGUACAUGCCAUGUUUCAUGACUGUAAUCCUGUCCCAAGUGUCGUUUUGGCUCAACAGAGAGUCCGUCCCCGCGCGGACUGUGUUUGGGGUGACUACGGUGCUGACUAUGACCACACUCAGCAUCAGCGCUAGAAACUCUCUUCCCAAAGUAGCCUACGCAACAGCCAUGGACUGGUUCAUUGCUGUCUGCUAUGCUUUCGUCUUUUCAGCUCUUAUCGAGUUUGCCACAGUGAACUACUUCACCAAAAGGAGCUGGGCCUGGGAUGGCAAGAAAGCUCUGGAAGCACAGCACCCUAAGAAACGAGACCCAAUGGUGCUCUCAAAAAAGGCCAACAACGUUUGCUCGGCAGGCGUCAACUACACCCCUAACCUUACCAAGGACGUGUCCAUCUCCACCAUCUCCAAUACGACGUCGGUGCAGCUGCGGGGCUCAGAGAGCAAACUGGUGGACCCCAAAAAGACAUACAACAGCGUCAGCAAGAUCGACAAGAUGUCGCGAAUAGUGUUCCCUGUCCUCUUCGGAACCUUCAACCUCGUCUACUGGGCCACAUACCUGAACAGAGAACCGAUGGUGAAAGGAGUUGUCGCUUCCACAUAAUUGCUUUUUUUUGUUUGUUUGUUUUUGUGCGGGGUUUAUUCUUUCCGAAACUGAAUUUGUGCAAAAGAAGAAAGGGUUUGAUCCCAAUCAAUCUCCGCUUUAGAAAAAGAAAAUCGAUAAAGCAUCGCUUGAAGAACGAAGAAACAUCUAUCUAAUUCAGACGGUCUGAAUGGACGCGAGGCUGCGAGACGUUUCGUUUCCUUUUCUUGAGGCCUAAAAAACUCCUUGGUAAUGAAGAAACUGCUUGAAAGAAACAGGAGAGUGGCAGCUUUGCUUCCUUCUCGUCUAUCCUGCUGCAGUUUGCAUGACCUUCUCUUUAACUGGAAACUGUGGACUCCUUUGUCUUAAAAACCGACCAUGUAUAUGUCAUCGCUUAAAAUGCAGAGACUAACUUAGUUUACAUUGGAAAGUUAAUUUGAAGAGUAAGCAAUGCUGUGAGUUUAUUAAUUUAGCAUUUCUUUUUGCCAUCCAUGUGAUGUUAUGAUCCAUUGUAAUGCUUCAAAACCUUUUAAAAACAAGCCUAGAAGUGAGAAAACAAAUUAGAAAACCAGAGAGUUACAUACAAGUCACCAAUAUUUACAUAAAAUUUUAGUAAAGCAAGAUAUAGAACAAGAAUAUUCACAUAUCUUUUGCCUAAAAGGGGAAAAUACAGCCGUGAGUGACGGGUUAGCACAGUUCUGGGACUGGGCAUAUGUGAUUUAAAUUAAAUUUUAAGCCUUGCUAACUCAGUCGUGAAACUAAUAUACACAGCUGAGAAGCUGGUUACCUGAAAAGCAGCGUGUUACAUACAGAUCAGCAGAGUGAUGUGGAGCGUUCCAAGACUGUGAUUCUGUGAAGUGACCUGGAUUCAAGAAGCCUUUUAAGCAUCCUUGAGCAAAACACUGUGGCGCUAAAAGCUCCAGGAGGUUUUACUUUCCGUUUGACUGCAGCUAAAAAUAACAGCUGACUCUUCAUGUUGUACAAGUAGAUUAUCAAGUAAGACAAAUUUGACUUUGACUUUUAAUUAACUCCAGAUUUGUAAACUUGAAUAUGCCCUGAUAAACUGGUCAUGCUCAGUGUCAAAUGUUUCAAGAGGAGAGAAUCGUAAGAGGACAAAACAACUUUUAAAUGUCAGUGUUGCAUUCCAAGAGUUUUUAGGUCAAGCUUUAUAAAUGUGACCUCUUAAUUUAUUUUUACACAUCUAACCCCCAAAGUGGAGUAAUCACCCUAUUUUCAGUUUUCUUUCUGCGAUAAGACUUAUGUUUUCUAAAAAAAACAAUGUUAAAAUGUUUUGCAGUCACAUCUUGUUUGGUUUCAGUGGAGUAAUGAACCCAAUGUGAACAUUUACUAACCAACCAGAUAUCAAGCUUCUCAGCUCUGCUGCUAAAUUGUAGAUAAAUUCAGUUUUUAAAGUCUGUGCCUGACGAUCUACAAACCAAUUUUUUUUAUUUAUUUCUUAUACUUUAAUAAAUUCUUUAACACGUGAGAGCAAAAGAUAACCCCACAGCUAUGUUCCUCCGUUGUUUUUUUCUGUCACAGAGCUCAGUCUGCCGAAAGAAAACUUCUCAAAAAUUAUUGCGUUUUCUGUGUUUGCUCUUCCUUUUCUAGCAACAUAAUAAAAUUGACCAUUUUUAUUCAAUAGGUUAAAUAAAAUAUAGUAAAAAAAGCUAGUGCUUUAGGAGGCUCACAGCUGAUUACAGUUUGAUUAAGUCUGUUCUAUAAAGAGGUUCAUUGUGCCUGACUUUCAAAAUAUCCACUAUUUUCUAUUUUAAAAGUUAUCCUCUGACAUAAAAGAGUAAAAGCUAACAGCUUAGUGUUUUAUGUUUGAUUAUUUUUCCACUCAGUCUGCUAAAGAAACAGACAUUACAUUUAAUUUUCUAUGCCCUUUAUUUUUCCCAACAUGUCAUUGUUAAGGAAUGUACAUAAAAUGUAAUAACUAAUAAUGAUAAUGAACAGAAAAGUUCUGCAGAAGUGGGUCAACCAAGCCUUACUCGCUAUUUAUCUUGGAGGCUUGUCAGAUCAGUCACUAGGGGAUGAAAUCUGUCUUUAGAGGUUAUUUGUGGCAACUUUUGACAAAGUUUUAUUUUAUAGAUGAAUCUAUGACAUUCACAAGAAAAAAAAAAGUCCAAUGCUGACUGAGUUUAUUAGGCGUAUGCUCUUGUAUCUUUUCCCUCAAGUUUUGUGUGCUUUUACUUCACUAUGUUCUUGAUGUUUGUGAAACGAAACAGACUUUUGAGCUUUUUGUGUAUUUUCUCCUCUAACUGAGGCUUGUGUGAGGAGAGGUUUGGGAUGAAGGCCGAGGACCAGGUUCUGUGUCGGGACACUCAGGAACAAAACGACCAGCGUUUGCAGCCAACAUGAUGCCUCUCAGUCUACACUUCUUGAACCGCAUCAUAUCGAAGACUGAACUUUAUUGGCCAUUUUCUUGGUGAAUUUCAGGGCAGAUAAUAUUCUAUGCCAGUCUGAAAAGGCUUUAACUGGGUCUCAAGUUGGUUCUAGGAAAACAGCUCCAAAUGUACAACACUGAUGACCCAGGUGGGCCCCAAUUUCACCUGCAUCACGUCUUUAAGAACAACUAAUAAACUCAUCUGAUGACCAUCUCUCAUUCCAUUUCCUGAACAGAAAUUCUUGCCUGGAAACAUCAUAACCAGUUUCCUUCCUACAAAUUUCCAUCUUCUCACCACAACCGUACCCAAUUUACAUUUAAUAAAGACAAUUUUAUGAUAUUGUGACAGAUAAAAACUUAGUUCCUGGAAGAAUGUGUGGUUUCUUUUUUACAGUUUGCUAAUCAGCUCCUACAGCAUCAUAUUUGUUUCACGAACCUAAAGUAAACAACAUCAGACCUGCUUGUUCAAAGUGCUUAAAGUGACGUGACAUGUGGCAGGACUGAUGCUUCUAGUGAGCCGCCGCUUCUGGAUACUCAAAGUGUUGCUAUCUUGUCAGCGGUGCUGAAGUCUCUGUGCUUGUUAGGGUGAAAGGAAGUGGAAUGAAAUGCGGCUGAAGGUUGACACGUCCAUCUGACUGUCCGGUCUGGGUCGACAUGGCAGCCGAGAGAAGAUUAGCAGCGCAGACAAGCUCCCAGGGAACAACCUCUGUCUCUGUGCAUCUCUUCACACAGUAGCGAGUCUUUAAGAUUGUUUGUUGGGUUGAUUUGUCGAGCUGCAAUAAGCAUCUUCAGGUCAUUUUAUGAAAUCUGAUGAUAACCCUUGUGUCCCCGUGCUUAUUUUUCCGACUCAAAAGCAGCAUUUAUUCCCACUACAGAGGAGCACCCAUCGACCAAUCCAUCCAUUCAACCUUCCUCCUCACUAUUGUUAGCCAAGAAGCACCCGUCUGCCCCUCACAUCUUCCAUCAGCCUCUGUCACAGACUCAUCUGCCAUACAUCUGCUAGAAAAGGGAUUUAGUUCCGCUUAAGUUGCUUUCAUUCGGUCAGGGGGGCCCCUUACAGCAAAGCACUUUUCUCCGGUUUAAGCCUUGAGCAGCACCCAAUCCUGAUGACAACUGCUUGUUUUUCUCAGUCUGCAGUCUGGACAGAUUUGUGCGUGUUCUGGGGCAAACACUGGAUUGAUUAUGUGCACUUCAUCCAACGCGAGCUCAUGGGUAGUGAGGCAGACUGAAGUUUUGAAGCUCUCAUUUAUGACUGCAACAGUUGUCUCUACUACAAACAGACAUUCUUCUGCAUGCAAAAAAAUAAAAAAAAGAAACUCUGAGGCAGUUGUAAAAAUUGUAUUUGCAUUAUAUUUUGCAAAUUUGCAAAAUAUAAUGAGUCAAAAUAUAUUAUGAAAAAGGUCUGGUAGCUAAUUCUCUGCCAUUUUUUGUUUGUUUUAUCUUCUGUAUUUGUCUUAUACGAAAGGGGAUCAAUAAAGAUACUGCAUGAAAAAACUCCAUGUAUUAAAGCACUGCUGGAGCUCAAUUGUGGCUUCAUUAAACCCUGAUUAAAGCUGCUAAUAUGGUAAGCAAAUCGGACAUUAACACUUGUUAGUGGUAUUGAUCUGAUUCUCUGCUGAUGUAUGCGGCUUGUUUCAUACUGUGGAUCUUCCUUCACUGUCUCCAGAGCGGAUUGAUUUAGUUUGUUUUCUCCUGUCACUCUGAGUGGAAUUUUCUGAAGCUCUGAUUGGCUGCAAGGCUGCAUUUGUUGAAGAAUAAAAACUAUAUUGAAUUUA